AAGGGGGGGAAGCCCAGGUGCUGUCGUGAUAGAUAAGAUUAAUUGGUUGUUUUGUGACUCGUGUCGAGAGAAUUUGGCGCACAGAUUGGUGUUCAUUGAGUGCCUCAACUCUGCCAUUAGGCUGAAGGCAUGUUCCUAUUUCCUCCUCCACUUCCUCCUUCCGCGCUUUUUUGUAACUAAACUCUCGGUUUUUCCUAUCUCUCUCUCUCUCCCGCGUCUUUAUCUCUGUGUUGGAUAAGAUACCGCAAUGACUCAAUAAGAUAAAGUCGUUGAUAAAGACCUAUAGACAAGCAUAAUCAGUUCAAGACGUUCACAUCCACCUGUCACCUUCGUUAGGAUGGUUACAUCAUCCAUACGUCAGCCCUUGCCGGGUGCUUCAGUUCUGUUUAGCAUCUUUGUGUGGACAAGUCCCGAUUGUUGCUCCUGAGAGAGCACACGACCUUGUUUCUCGUCACUCUCUCUCUCUCUGUAGGUGUUGUCUUCAUCUUAACCCAGUGAAAGUUGUCGUCAUUCGAAUAAAAAUCGGACUGCUCUAUUCAGCUGGAAUCUAGUGAUCGUCAUUCGAUGAUAUCGAUCACUUAAGACUGUGAUUGUUGUGUGAUAAUGCGUGAAAUUUGUUUUUUAACCCCCUUGUUUGUCAUCUGCAUAACAUAGCAACAGCUAUAAUCUCUAGCUUAAAACAAUAGCUAUGUUACUCUUCAAGAUUUUCGCAUCGAAUUCGCAUUGAAACCUAGCGAUGAAUACUGAUGUGACGACUGUCAGUGAUGACAGUAACUCGCAGAGCGAUGACGAGACAAGGGUACUUGCUGAGAGCAGAAGUACGACCGGAUAUAAAAGAAGCAGCAACAAGCAGAGGCCAUUUUCGGCCAUCUUUGGUUGUUUUGUUUCUAGCGAAUCUUCACAUCAGUUAGGCUCUCUCUAUCGGACUAAAUCAGUUGAAUGUAUUAAUGACAUUGGUCGAGACGAUAGAGAGAGCGAUGACGUCUCCCCAGAGCAGAGAUCUCCGAGGGAGAAGUUUGCAAACGACAGGAAAUUCAGCUUAUCCAAGUCUUUCCGUUCUUUUCUUAGAAGGGCAGCGCAUCCCACGUCGAGUGCAUGUGAUGAUAGUGAGAAUGCAAAUGUCAGAGAUGACGAGAGUGCUGUCUCUAGAUUGCCCAGCACCAGCUCUGACGAAAAUGAAAGCUGCAGCUCCGUCGAAAUGAAUCUCACCACGAGUGUCGAACCUCCCUUAACCAACUUCCCUGCUGGAAUAACCCCUUCAAUUUCUUCAACUGACAUUGCCACCUUUCCUCAUUCAGACGCAAAUUUCCUGUCUACCUUAGACCAGGUCUCAUCAAAAUUGUCGUCUUUGGCUUCAAGCAGUCUGGAAACAGAUUCGGGUGAUGCGCACUUUGAAGAAGAGAGUAGAUCACCUACUCAAUCUGUUGAUUCAGCUGACUCUCCAGCCAUUCAAGAUUGUAGAGCUGUGUCUAAGACUCCCGCUUUAGAGGAAGACGUUUUCCAACCACGGCCGCCUAGGAUGAGGCAGGGCAUGAAGUCGAGGGUAUCGGAUGCAAGACCGAGAUCAAUGGGGGACGUGGACAGGAAAAUUACAAAGAGGUGGUCUUAUGGAAUCCUUAAUUCUUUCAUGGUGGGAAAUGGGAGAGCUGAGAAAGAUAAGAAAGUCACAGGAAGGAGAUCUUGUUUUUUUGUCCCUGGCCAUCCUUAUUAUUCAAGUGAAUUUCGUCGGGAAUUAAAUCGGGACAGAAAUUCAUUGGUUGUGGAAGAUUUAUACCUUCUGGGGAAUUCAUCUAGUCAAGAGGAAGAAAAUACAAAGAGCAGAGGGAGCAUCUACAGAAGGGGAGCUCGUAGAUGGAGAAAGCUCUACAAGGUCAAUGGCCACAUAUUCCAAGCAAAGAGAUUUAACAGGAGAGCAUCAUGUGAGUUUUGUAAAGACAGAAUAUGGGGCCUGGGCCGCCAAGGCUUUAAAUGCACUCAAUGUAAACUUCUUGUCCAUAAAAAGUGCCAUAAACUGCAAAAGGUGGCAUGUAAUGCCGACUUGGAUACCUCCACUGACACCCUUGCAUCACAUGAUUCAUCCACCUUGACUCGCAUUGGCACCAAUGGAAAGAUGCCAAUGCCUGAGUUCAUGAAAGAAGUUCCAGACCCAGGGAUAACAGAAGAGGCUCCUGUGGAGAUGCCAUCCAAAAAAGGGUUGAGCAGUGAACCAAUGUCUCCAACAGGCCAAGCAGGACAGUAUUGUUUGGAUGACUUUGAACUAAUACGUGUCAUAGGUAGAGGUUCUUACGCAAAGGUGCUGAUGGUUGAACUAAAAAAAACUAAUCGAAUUUAUGCCAUGAAAGUUAUCAAAAAGACACUGGUCACAGAUGAUGAGGAUAUUGACUGGGUCCAAACUGAAAAGCAUGUUUUUGAGACAGCAUCCAAUCAUCCCUUCUUGGUUGGCCUUCACUCGUGCUUCCAGACUCCGUCCCGUCUGUUCUUUGUGAUAGAGUUUGUACGAGGAGGAGAUCUGAUGUUCCACAUGCAGAGGCAGCGACGCCUACCAGAGGAGCAUGCAAGAUUUUAUGCGGCUGAAAUUUGCUUAGCUCUUAAUUUCCUCCAUGAAAAAGGUAUUAUAUAUCGAGAUCUUAAGUUAGACAAUGUGUUACUUGAUCAUGAAGGACAUAUCAAACUUACUGAUUAUGGCAUGUGUAAGGAGGGUAUCCGGCCUGGUGAUACAACUUCUACCUUCUGUGGAACACCUAAUUAUAUUGCCCCAGAGAUCUUACAAGGGGUCGAGUACAGUUUUAGUGUUGAUUGGUGGGCAUUAGGAGUAUUGUUGUACGAAAUGCUAGCGGGAAAGAGUCCGUUUGACAUUGUUGGAGCUUCAGAUAACCCAGAUUGCAACACUGAAGAUUUUCUUUUCCAAGUCAUCUUGGAGCGACCAAUUCGUAUUCCUCGUUCUCUGUCGGUGAAGGCAGCUGCAAUUCUGAAAGGUUUCUUGAACAAAAAUCCUAUUGAUCGUCUUGGAUGUCAUCCAGAAACAGGGUUUACUGAUAUUGUAACACACCCAUUCUUCAAAACCAUUGACUGGGAAAUGCUGGAAAGGAAGCAAAUUCCUCCACCAUACAAACCACGGGUUGAUGGAGAACGGGAUCUUGAAAACUUUGAUCCCCAGUUUACGGCUGAGCCUGUACAGUUCACGCCAGACGAUCAACGUGCUAUUGAAAACAUUGACCAAAGUGAGUUUGAAGGAUUUGAGUAUGUUAAUCCUUUACUUAUGAGUAUGGAAGAUUGUGUGUAGACAAGGGAUUUUCACUGUGACUCUGCUGCCUGCAGCGUAGCAUAUCAUAGUUUAGUAUUUUCACAUCUCAUGGACUUCCACACCUUGAUGGUAAAAGAGCUUCUUCCACUGUCAGAAAGAAGUGUUUGUCUCUGGUGGUAUGACUAGCAUUAGACACAAGUCAGCUAAAAGAUGCUAGUCACUAUAGAUUAUCUGCCAUUUGGCCUCAGAGGAACUUCUCAGGCCAACAUUGUAAUUGUUAAUAAGAUGUUUAUUUUUAUGUGAAAUAUGUACUAUGUGACAGAAAUAGUAGAGGGUUCUGUACAGCAAUGUCAGUUCAGGUCUGUUUCACUGCAAUUUAUAUUGAAUAUUAAUGGACAGUAACUGCAGUUAUGUUGUUGCACUUAUGAGCUUGAACUUAAUAUGGUGAUCUUAAUAAUUAUGUAUAGAAGUAUUUAUAGGGUAUGUACGUUGACAGGGAUUGGUAAUUUUGUUUUAGAAUUGACACAGAGUUCAGUAUUGUAUUUGAGAUCCAGUAGGGUUUUGUGUGUUUUAUCACAGAUUGUACAUAUGUAUACUGUCAAGUACUUUUUAAAGGAUACUCCAGGUGAAACUAUAUUUUAGCUACCUUGUACAUUUAUCAUGUGAUUGAAGUACUGUUAUUCUAUCCUAUACUUUAAAACCAUAUUGUGUAAAGAAAAGUUGGUUAGUAUACAUGAAAAUGAAUUUCAAGAAAGACAGAUGUCAUGAUCAAAAUUGGUUAACCAUGAAAUAGUAAUUUAAUGACAUUCCAUUCUUUCAAUUGAAUAUUUUUACCUAAAUGGGUUUAGGAGCUUUGAUGGAAUGUAUACUUUUUGAUGAAGAUUGCAGCAGUGGAAAUUUUUGUUGAAACACUUAGAAAUACUAAAUAUUUUUUAAAACACCCUUUGCAUUAUAAGGUUUUUCGGUUAACACAUUAAAGUGGCUAGUACUGUAUAUUGAUAAUUUUGUACAUAGUCUUUUUCAAGGACAGACAGGAAUGCACAGGGGUGGCUUUUGCAUUAUUUUGGUAUUUUUAUAAGAUAUCAGUAAUGUGUGAAAUCUAUUCAUGAUUGAGAUUUUCGGUUGCUUUAACUUUCAGUUUUUGCACAAGGAUGUGUAAAUUAUCUGUGGCAACUAAAAAGAAUGUGCAUUCCACUUAUUUGUAAAAUAUAUUUUUGCCCCUUUUGUGGGUGAAUGAGUAAUAGUAUGCAGUGUUAAUUACCAUAGUGUAAAUGGUCUUGAGUCUUGAGUGUUAGUGUGCCUGUGAACAUUCCAUCAGACUGUAAAUCUGUUGUUAUAUGCUUAUACAGUCAGAGGUGCUUUAUCACUGUCAAUUGUGGAUUAGUAUCAGUGGUGGAAUAUGUGAAAGUUAAGUGUCAUUUGUAUUUUAAACUUUACAUACAGUAAAAUUUGAUUAAAUACAGUAAAAUUUGACUAUCUUAAUUAAGGAAAGUCAUUGAUAUUCAGUAUAUUGUUGAAAUGAUUUUAGUUAUUAAAAUUGAGUUUUCAAGAGAUAUUUUGUGGUUUUGAGGCUAAUGUUCAAUGUUCCAAACUUAAUUUUUUAGCACAGAAGCAUUCCAUUUUAUCUAUGUUUAUUCCUUUUUCUCAAAUUAAUUUUUGUGUCAGUGGUGCUCUUCAUUUUUUUCCCCCUUACAGAGACCAAAGCAUUAAGUUUGUUGAAGUUGCUUUGGUAAAGGAACAAAAAAAUACCUAUGCCAUUUGACUACUAAAAUAUAUUUGUCUUCAACAUUGAGCAUCAUCAUCAUGUAUAAAGGUCGGUUACCUUUAUCUGCCAACUAUCUUGUCACCCAUCUUUGUGAUUAAACUUAGUUGGUUUUGAAUUACAACCACUGUAUUAUGUACAAUAACUAGUUUUUGUAAAUUUGGGUUAGCUUUAACUUGAAGUAUCCCUCCAAAAUUUACUUAAAAUUCAUGUUUAAGAAUGGUCUAAUGCCCAAUUUUUCAUCCAAGGCCUCAAAUAAAAACAUUGUGGUAAGUUUUUGGGACCAAAAGUAAUCAUUUUACUUUACUAGAUUGUCAGGCUUUUUCAAUAACAUUGUCACAUUGGUUUUAUUUAUGGAAUACUCUCCUUCCAUAGUAGGGUUUGAGAAUAUAAUUGUAAUAUUGUUUUAUAUUUAGGCUUAAUAUUGCAUUCAUUUUAGUCCUCUUUUCAGUUUUGAAAAACUACUAUCCUCAAUUAAUUACCAAGCAUUUUAUUGUCAUACUGCUGUUUUUUGCAACAAGUAGUUACAUGUGGCAGACACAAGCUACCAGCAUGUUAGAAACAGAUCUUUGUUUCAGUGGACUGGUGAAAAGCCACCUUUAAAGUGUGCGUUCUAUUAAAUGUAAUUUUCAAGUUACAAAUUCAGCUGCUGUCAUUGAAAUCCAGACAGCUGUUUAAAUUAAAAGAGUUCAGUUAUUAAAGUUGUAAUUUAUAAGAUUUGUUAUAGGCAUUAAACCAUUUGUACUAGUCUUCUGAGAGUUGAGUGUUAAGUCAGCGUUCAGGUUCAACUCUUAAUGUCGUAAUACAGUAUAAUUGGAAUGUUGAAAGAUUUAGUGCCAUUAUCAAAAGUAAUUUAAAAUAAAAUUAUCUUGUGCUUAGCUUGAAAAUAUGAAUGCAUUUAAAAUUGAAUUUUUGUAUACAGUUAUAGUGCAAAUUAAGGGAAUCAAUGAAUAGGAGAGAAGUUUUUUCCCAGUGCCCUAGAAAAUUUUUAAUUGCUAAAUUCCAUUUAGUCCAACAGGUUACCAUAUAUACUAGUUUUGUUAAUUGCAAAUGAAUUUGAAGUAUAUUUGUAGGGAAAGCCUUGGAAAGUCAGUAGUUUCAACAGGUUUCUGUUCAAUACUAGAUCUCAUUACUUACGAAUGAAUUUGGAGUAUAUUUGUCAGGGGGAAUCUUGGACAGUAGGUAAUUAAGAUUCCUUGUACAAAUUUUUUUUUUUUUGUCAGUUUCAGUUUCACAUAAUCAGUGCUACUUAUUGUCAUCCCAUAUUGUCAGACAGGUCAUUUUGAAACCACCAUAUUGUCGGACAGGUCAUUUAAAAACCACAAUUUCUCACUUGAGCAGAUGGUUCUUUUCAUGUUGGAACAAAGUAAUGUUCUGUUCUGUUCUAAUUCUAUACUAAGGAACGUAAAUAAUGAGUCCAGGGAUAGUACAUAUUACUCCAUUUUGUUUAUCGUUUCAGGAGGUUCUUGCAAGACCUAUCUAAACACAUAAGUUAAGGAAUUUCUUUAGAAAAGGCAUUUUGGAACAGAAGCUGUUGAAUAUUAUUAUUCACUUAAUCAAGCUAGUCAACUUUUCAGUUUUAGCAACGAAUGGUUGUAGUAAUAUAUAUUUUUUGUUUAGAAUAUUUCAGCAUUUCUUUGGUUUAACUUUGUUGCAAGAAUUGAAGUUACAUCUCUGUUUGUUGAGUGUGAUUGGAUUGUUCACUUGAAAGAAGUUAUAAAGCCUUUCCAGUAAUAUGAGAAGCACUUUUGAAAGUGGGUGGGAAAGACCCCCCAAAAACCAAUUUUUGGAGAAAACUUUCUUGCAGUAAAAUUCUCCAUAUUAACGUAUCUUGAAUUAUUCAUAUGAAUUAGAAGUUUUCAUGUCUUAAUCACAUAAGAUGUUAAAGCUUCUUGUUAAUAUUAUUGCCUACUAAAAUCAGGUAUUAGGCAAAAUUUUAUUUCACAGUUCUAGUUUUGUUCAUGUAUUUAUUGAGGUCUUCAGCUCAUAUGAUGGUGAAUGUUUGAAACUGAAAAACUUAACUCGAAGAGAUCUGUUAGCAGGUUAUACUAUUUUGAUAUAUGGCAUAAUUUUUAGGUACUGAAAUAUCCUGUGUAUACAAAAUUUACUAAUAAAACUUUUCAUUUA